GAUUGCGAUGAUGACGUGAAUCUAGUAACCGGUGUGAAUAAAGGUACUAUAAUAAAUCCAGAUUCUUAUAAGUGACAUAAUGGAAGUGGAAAAUUCUGUUGCCGAAAAAAGUGUAGUGGUUCCUUUAGAAGAACCUGACAAAAAAAGAAGAAAACUGCUCGUCAGUGAGAAAGGAUCAGCUGAUAGUACUGCAAGCUUUGCUAAAUUUGAUGGGAGCCAUUUUAGAAAACUUAUUAAAGGCGAUAAUCCAUUAGGAGCUGUAAGACAACUGUUAGCAGUUGUCAAAAAUACAAGCAAUGACUUAAUUUUCGACUUCUUGAAUUCCGGUGGGAGUGCUUUAGACGUGGUACUUGUUUUGGAUAAGCUUGAAACUAAUACAUUUUUCCACAACUACCAGCCAGUAUUUACGGCUCUGACACUUAUCAUUAACAGGGUUAGAGAUGAGAUACCGAGGCUACAGCCCAGUACAGAGGAAGCCUGCCGCCGCUUGUUACACAACAACACUUCAGUGUUACACUCUAUGUUGGCAAGCAGCAGCAGUCAGGUGAACAAGAAGACUGUUCUGGAAAUGCUAACCGCUAUGGUGAUGUUGAGUGUUCAACUGGCUCGGGAAGUGUUGUCUCUAUCACUGCGGGAGGUCACCAUGAAUGAAUUAGCCAAGCAACCGGUCAACAGUGAGCCCGAUAGUGUGAGAGCACAUUUUAUGCGUUACGUGCUCUCCUACUUCUACCACGACAACAUCCACCUGGUCAAGCAGCUUUUAGAGAGCCGAAGAAUUCUAUUACAAAUGCCUCAUACUGUUCUUGCAGGUCUUGGACAAAUGACGAGGCAGGUCCCCUUAUCAAAGUCCUUCCUGACCAACAAUGAAAGUGAGACAAGUAGUCGAGAAUAUAACCCAUAA